AUGAUGAUGAUGAAGAAAGUGUUUGCUGUUGUGCUACUUUUCAUUGUUUUUACAGCAUCAUCAGCUGCCGAUGAUGAUGCACCAACACCACCAGGAGCACCAAAGUUUCCCGGCUUUCCAUUUCGUCAUAGACAAUUCCCAUGGGGGCCUGGUCAUGCAUUUCCACCACUACCUGCUGGUCAUGCCAAGCUUCCAUCUCCUGACCCUAAAUUUCAGAAAUGUUUCCAGGAUUUCCAUGUUGAUCAAGGAUGUGUCCAACAAAUCAUGACAUCUUUUACUUCUCAUAAAGUCAAUCUUGAUGCUAAAUGUUGCCAGUCUGUUCAACAAAUCGUUGAUGAUUGUAUUUCGGCUAUUUUUGGUCACUUUGGCAACCCCUUCUUUGGUCCUCUUCUGAAGAAAGUUUGCUCAUCAGGAUCGCCAUCUCCUCCAUCAGCAUGA